AGUCGACGUCGAUGCAAUACUUGCCUCUUAUGUAAGAUGCACCGCAUGUUAUCUUUCAGCGAAAACUUCUUCGAGAAUGCUCCCGUUCUUCCUGAGAAGCCCAUCGAAUAAGUCACUGCGUUUUUGCUGAUGCAGCAGUUCAAAUUUUAUGGAUAUAAAAAGCCAGUGAUUAAGCCACUCUCCUCACCCUCGCUCAGCUCAACCACCACGUUCUGAGUUACGCCGGCGCAAUGCUCUCGUCUCUCAUUUUUGCUCUCGCUCUUUUCUGCUCUGCCCUCGCGGCCCCUACCGAUAUCAAUAUCACGGAUACGCCCUUUGUUUGCGGAACUGAACCGUCCGACGCGUUCGUCAGCGCUGCCGAAUCUGACUUCGCUGCCCACAGCGUCACUCCGCAAUACUCAGCGCGUGCACUGAUCACCAUCUCCGUUGUCUGGCACGUCAUCUUCCAAAGUCCUGGCCUUCCUGGGGGUAAUAUACCGGAUGGCCAAAUCCUUGACACCAUUAAUGUGCUCAACCAGAACUUCGCCAGCUCGGAAUUAGGCUUCUCUCUUGCCAGGAUCACCCGCACCCACAGUCCCAAUUGGUUCAACACUGGUCCCAACACCCCGAACCAACAUCAGAUGAAAAAUGCACUUCACCAGGGUGGUGCCAUGGUCCUGAACAUUUAUAGCGUUGGAAACAUCCAGAAUGAUCUCUUCGGAUAUGCCACCUUCCCUGUCUCGUACGCUUCCAACCCUAACGACGACGGUAUCGUCAUCGUUUAUACGACACUUCCCCGUGGCUCUGCGUCCGGCUUCAACACGGGCAAAGUUUUAGUUCACGAAGUUGGACACUGGGUUGGUUUGUAUCAUACUUUCCAAGGAGGAUGUGCUCCACCUGGUGACUCCGUCUUUGAUACUCCUCCUGAGGCUACUGCAGCGCAUGGGUGCCCUGUUGGCCGUGACACCUGCUCUGGUGGUGGUGCCGACCCUAUUCACAACCACAUGGAUUACACCUCAGACAGCUGCAGGACCCAGUUCACGCAAGGGCAGGUUCUCCGCUUGCGAGAACAGAUGUCGGUUUACCGAUUAGGACGUUAAAUCAGAGAGGGAUUUUAUUUCAUUUUCGGGAAAAAGGCGCUGGGCUGCAAGUAUUUUGUAGUCCUUCAUGUAUGCGAUCUUCCCCUAAUGAUAGCAGCACGCAUGGUUCGGCUAAGAGUAUUGCAUUGAA